AUGAUAUGUUUGUUUGUUCUUCUUCCUCUUAUGUACUUUUCAUCGGUACACGGUGCACCUACAGCUCUAUGGGUAUUUGGAGACUCACUGGUCGAUAAUGGAAAUAACAAUUUCCUUAAUACUAUUGCUAAAGCAAACUACUUUCCUUAUGGGAUUGAUUUCAGCAGAGGCCCUACCGGCAGAUUUUCCAAUGGAAAAACUUUUGUGGAUAUUCUUGGAGAAUUAUUAGGAGUGGCUUCUCCUCCACCAUUUGCAAAUCCAAGCACAAGAGGGGAAAGAAUCCUCGGGGGAGUAAACUAUGCAUCUGCUGCUGGUGGCAUCCUAGAUGAAACUGGCAAACACUAUAUGGAAAGGUUCACGUUGAGCCAACAAGUGAUAAAUUUUGAGAGCACAUUAAGUCAAUUAAGGACGAUGAUGAGUCCUGGUGAUUUAAACACAUAUCUCUCAAAAUCAAUAGCAGUGAUGGUGUUUGGAAGCAAUGACUACAUAAACAACUAUCUCUUGCCUUCCCUUUAUACGUCCAGUAUCAACUAUAAUCCGCAACAGUUUUCCAACCUCCUUCUCAAUCAUUAUGCUAGACAACUUGUGGCAUUGUAUAGUGUAGGACUGAGGAAGUUCUUGGUAGCUGGAGUAGGACCACUUGGAUGCAUUCCCAAUCAGUUAGCCACAGGACAAGCACCCCCAGGAAGAUGUGUUGAUUAUGUAAAUCAGAUACUUGGUAGUUUCAAUGAGGGUCUCAAAUCACUCGUCAGCAUAAUGAACAACGGCACUCACCCUGGAGCAGUUUUUGUUUAUGGCAAUACAUAUGCUGCUAUUGGUGAUAUCUUGAACAACCCUGCCAGAUAUGGAUUUAACGUAUGGGACAGAGCAUGUUGUGGAGUGGGGAGAAACCAGGGACAAAUAACAUGUCUACCCUAUCAAUUUCCAUGUCUAGACAGGAGUAAGUAUAUAUUCUGGGAUGCAUUUCAUCCGACACAAGCCGUGGAUGCAAUCUUGGCACAAAGGGCAUACUAUGGACCCCCUUCUGAUUGCUACCCCAUCAACGUUCAACAAAUGGCUGCUAUCAACUAUUGA